GCUCUUCCUCGUCGGUGAGCCCAUUGAGCAAAAGGGUCAGUGAAUGCUGGAGCUGCUGUUACGACCGUAUCGACGUUGCUCUUACCGCAUGAUGACAACCCUGUCACAGACAAAGGAGCUCUUCAGGAGAGCAGAAGCUGUCUGCUUCGACGUGGACAGCACAGUCAUCAAGGAGGAGGGCAUUGAUGAACUUGCCAAAUUCUGUGGUGUGGGAGACGCAGUCACUGAGAUGACUCGCAAAGCUAUGGGCGGCUCAAUGACUUUUAAAACAGCCCUGACAGAGCGUCUUUCCAUCAUCCGAUGCUCCAGGGAACAAGUGAAUAAGCUGAUAACAGACCACCCACCUCAGCUGACUCCAGGCAUCAGGGAGCUUGUGGACCGUCUGCACCAGCGCAACAUAAAGGUGUUCCUCAUUUCAGGCGGCUUCCGCUGCAUUGUUGAACAUGUGGCCACUCAGCUAAACAUACCUCUGCAUCACGUCUAUGCCAACCGGCUCAAGUUCUACUUCAAUGGGGAGUACGCUGGUUUCGAUGAGAGUCAACCCACAGCUGAGAGUGGUGGAAAAGGAAAGGUCAUCAGCAUGCUGAAGGAGCAAUACGGCUUCAAGACUGUGGUGAUGAUCGGAGAUGGGGCCACUGAUCUGGAGGCCAGCCCUCCUGCCAGUGCUUUCAUUGGAUUUGGUGGGAAUGUCGUCAGGCCGCAGGUUAAGGAGAGGUGUUCGUGGUAUGUGACAAGUUUUGGGGAGCUUCUAAAAGAACUGGAGAAGAUCUAAAGAUGCUAAUAGAAUACUGUUACUAAUUUUAUAUUUGCACCUAAGGGUGUGCCUCUGAUGGGUUUAUCCAGUGCACAUUUUUCCUUAGACUCCUAGAUUUUUAUAAUGAAUGAAAAUGUUUACACUAGCGAGACCAAUUUUUACCUUCAUGGGGAUGUUGCCUUACUGAUUUUUAUACUAGAAGGUACUACAAGAAUAACCAAACACAGUCUAUGUGGAGGGUUAAGAAGAGGAUUUUAGUGUUUUUGCACUUUUUACAUCUAAGUCAAUAGGUAAGCUAAUACAACUCCUGCAUAUUAUGGCAUGUGCAAUGAGCAUUAGAAAUGUUUUUAUUCUGUAACCAGACAUGUCAGUGAGUGUGGUGACUUCAGUCCCGUAAAGAACAUAAGCAUUAAACAUGAAAACACAUUGUCAAAGAUGUUGUUUGAACU